AUGCCAUUGUUUGGCAGCGGUCACUCACGCGGAGAAUCCGCAUCCUACGCAGACAAGCCGCUUACGAGUGGGCAAGCGUCGCCGAUGCUGCCCACGUCGGCACCGCAUUCAAGCCAGCAUGGCAAGCCCAAAAACAAGGUCGCAGCUUGGUGGAGCUCUCAAUCGCGCACUCGCAAGAUUCUGCUCAUCGCAGCAGUGCUAAUCGUGCUGCUCGCAUUGAUCCUUGGCCUGGCGCUCGGCCUCACGCUCGGCGAGGAAAAGGAGGAUUCAAACCCCUCGACCGACUACGUCCCUCAAACCAUCUCGGGCAGCCGCUCCUCCCUCCUUACAGAUGGCUACUGGUACACCGCGCCUUCGAACGGCACGAACUUCAACUGGACCGCCUCAACCACACAGCUCGGCAACUACCGAGCCGAUAGCACAGGCGUUGACAUUGUCAUCAACACCGCGCAGCGAUUCCAGGCUAUCGACGGAUUCGGCGGCGCCAUGACCGAUAGUUCCGCUUACCUCCUCACACGGCUCAAGCAGCGCGAGCAGGGUCUCUACUCUCGUGUGAUGGACUUCAUGUUCAACAACGCCACGGGUGUUGGUAUUACGCGCGCCACCUUGGGCGCUUCCGACUUCUCCGUCAUGCAGGAAUACUCGUACAUCGCCCAGCCCCCGGACUUUGCAGCGGCCGCAAACGAGCUCAACAACGCCGCCUCGCUCCUUUCUUCGUUUAGCGUCGACGGAACGCAGUCGUCCAUGUACACUCUCCCCGUGCUGGUGGAUGCCAAGAAGCGCAACCCGGGACUCAAGGUCAUCCUUACGCCGUGGAGCCCGCCGCCGUUCAUGAAGUCGAACAACACCAUGAACGGAGGAUCGCUUCGCGACGGCUUCAUUCCGGUUCUGGCGCAGUACUACGCCCAGGCGGCGCAGGCGUGGAGCAACGCCGGCGUGAGGCCGUGGGCGAUGACGCUGCAGAACGAGCCAUCGCAUAUCGCCUCGUAUCCGUCCAUGGGUCUCAACUCGUCGCAGCAGGUGCAGCUUGCGCAGGAGCUGCGUUCCCAGCUGCAAAGCCGUGGUCUUGGCAGCAUCCAGGUGUGGGGUCACGAUGACAACUACUCGGGCUGGCAGAGGGCCGCGGACAUUGUCAACGGCAACUCGUCUGCCGUCGAUGCGAUUGCCUUCCACUGCUACCGCGGCGAUCCAGCCGAGAUGGCCCAGUUCGAAGGCGCACUGCGCAACGGCGUGAGCAAGGACCUGCACAUGACCGAGUGCACUGGCACUGGUAACCCCUCCAACCGAUGGUCGGGCAUGCAGGGUUGGCUGAACAACGUCUACUGGCCCGUGGGCUCGCAAAACGCCCGAUCCAUCGUCCAGUGGAACCUCGCGCUCGACCGCGGCUAUGGUCCGCAUCUCGAGAGCGCCUACUGCACCUCGUGCACCGGCUCGCUCGUCCUCUCUUCGCAACAGAAGCCUGCCAACCCGUACGUCUCGUACAACGAGCAGAUCUACCUCACUGCCCACUUCUCGGCUGCCUCCACCGACUUGACCAAUGUCGGAGGCGGUCAGGCUUACCGCGUGAGCGCACAGCAGGGCACGCAGUACUCGCUCAACCGCAACGACUGGCAGUGCCUCAACUGGCUUGCAUAUGCUGCUCCCACCGCGGGCACAGCGCUCCAGAACGCAUCCACGUCGAAUAACAACGCCCAGCCUACUCGCCGUGUGGGGCUGGUCAUCGCCAACACCUGCAAGGAUACAAAGAACGUCGUAGUCUCUUCAGAUGGCCGCCGCACCACCAUCCCGGUUCAACAGGGUCUGUCGACCUUCGUCUGGACCGCUCCCUAG